AUAAUUAUGUGAGACAUGUCCGACAUCUUUCCCUUAAAAUGCGGUACCCAGACGAAAACAAAAACGUCGGCCACAUCUUGUUCGUCUUUAAAUAAAGAGGCAUAACACGCAGAGAGGGGUAUUCGGAGACAGAGCUAAGCUUUCGACAGAAAAAGAAAAACACAGAGCUUUCCCUUGGAGAAUUGGAGCAACACGCGUAGUCGGAAGAGAAGAGCUGCAAAAAUAUUGAGCAAUUUCUUUUCCCUGUCUAUUUUACUAUGAAUUUCUCUUGGAUUUUUUGUUGUUGUGAUUUCUAUAUGUGUGAGUAGUUUUAUCAUUGUAGGUUAGGGGUUGAACGGUUGUAAGGAUCGUACGUGUUUAAUUAAAUUUUGGUAAACUACGAUUUUAUAAUUUGGAUCGAAUAAAUGGAUUUUAAUGCUGCAAUUCUUUUUGGCCAAUUGAGUUGUUGAUAUUAGAAUUUAAAUUCACAUAGAGAUAUGGAAUUCGAAUUCGGAAAUCAUUUAUUCGAAUGGGUAAUUUUCGUAUCGAGAGAUGGUUGUAUUGCCUGGAAAUUGUGAUAGCGAACUUAAUGAUUUUUAGGAAUUUCAAUCUAUUAAGAACCGAGAGGUCGGUAGAAGAAAUUCCUAGAAUAUAAGGUGAUAUUCGAGAGAAUAAUCAUUUGCAAAUGUGCACUUGAAUUUCCUAAAUUAUGAUCAUAGUUACCGAAAUAUAUUUUUAGAAGCGAUCCUUACAUAACCCGUAAAAUCCCGACACCUACAAUGUCUUAAUUAAAUUGUGUUAAAAAUCACUGUUUAUAUUUGCUUGAUUUGUAUUUAAGUUUAAUCACCGUCACCACCAACCAAUUUAUUACCCCGACCAAAAACCGAGUAGAACCCGUAAUUGAUAUCGUUGAAUCCAUCUGUGUCCCUGUGAUCGACCCUAGAAUACUACGAUUGACCCGUACACUUGCGGUAGUUGUAUCUAGGAAAUUAAACGAGAUUAGAUCACAUCCUAGAUUGACAUCACUUUUCCUUUUUUUUAAAGGUACAAGUCUCAUCCUAUGUUUAUAAAAUUCUUCUGAACGAGGUCUGGGAUCCUUGAACUAGGUAAGUUCUUCCGUCAACUUUUUUUUUAAUCAAAAUUCUUCUGAUAUUUUAUUCAUGAAGAAGAAUUCGGCUUUUUAUAAAUCCUACAUGGAUUCUAAUAGUCCCAUCUAGAUAGAAUUCCACGAAUUAUUAUUGAAUCAAAAGUCAUACACUCGCAAUACCAAACAAUAAAUAGAGAAAAACCCAAAAUAAAUGAAAAACCAAUUCCGGACAGAAACCCUAGAAUCCAGCCAUUUUUUUAUGCUUAUAUGUGUAAAAUGUCGAAGGGGGACCUUGGCGCAUCGGUUAAUGUGUUCCGUUGUGACUUAGAGGUCACAUGUUCGAAUGUUGGACCCUUCCCCGGAACCUCGCCCACUGGGAUGCUUUGUGCACCGGGUUGCCCUUUAUAAGUUUAAAAAGUGCUUUUUUAUAUUUAUAUGUGUAAGAUAUGUUUGAUUGUCUCUUUGAGGAUAUUUCUUUUAGAUGUGUUUGAAGAUUUGGUUGAUAGAAAAACAUGACAAGCUAUUCUGCUUUUGAUCUUUUCCGGAUCAUUGUGUUUGCUUGUGUGAUAUACUUAGCUUCUUGGUUAAACAUAUAGCCCCUUUUGCAUGUGAGUGUUUUUUGAGGUGUUCACUUCCAUUGUGGAUGAUUUCAUCAGAAAUCAUUUCGACUAUGGUCUUCUUAUUUGGUUAUGAUAUGAUGGAUUUGUUGGUACAUAGGCAUUAUCUUGUGACCUUGUUAUUUGAGUGCUUGCUAGAUUCUUUGCUUAUUUACAUUUUCUUAUAGUGAAACGGUGGUUCUUCUCUUUCCAUUCUUACAACAUUUGGUUGUUACCUUGAGCUUGAGGUUUGUCCUCUUUUGUUGGGUCUUAGUUCAUACACUUUACAGUUCAAUUAGCAUUUUAACAGAUAAAAAUUGUAAGCUUUGGUUGAGUACAUCAGUUUCAGUUUCCACAUACGGUGUGUGAGAGAUUGGUGGUGCCUAUCACAAUUUCACAACCAAAUUAGUACUGUUCUAUUUUAUGUAGUAAGUGUAAUGCGUUGUUUCCAUGGUACAUUUCCUUUUUUCUUGAUUUCUUUGGUGUGUUGUCAAUUUCCUUACUGUGGAAAUACUAUAAAUAUAUUUCUUUCGUGAUUUAUCGGUCAUCGUUUUAAUUUAACAAUUAAACUUUAAUGGAAGUAUAUAAAAAAGUUUUACGUAUGGCCAAUAAAAAAUAAAAUUAAAUAUUCUUUUUCUAUAGAAUAUGUAAAAAAUAAAAAUAUUAAACAUAGAUAAUUUUUUAAAAAAAAUGUCACAACUGCUAGUCAAUUCGUGGCUUAUUGACUUGGUUGUAACGAGUUGAUUCGUUAGGUUCGUCUACAAACGAAUUUUAAGAAUAUCGGUUUACUCAUAUAACGAACCAGUUCAAUUAUAAAAAUAAACCGAUACAAAACCAGCUCGCGAAUCGAGUUCAUCUUGACAUUUCUAGUUAUGACAUAUAAUAUACAAUUUUGAAUAUUUGUGCUUAUUUUAUAUUGCAUAAACUUUUAAAUUCACUAUUUUUCUUGUUUAUGCAUUUUCUUUAAUAAUCUAAUUACUUACAAAAAAGUACAUAGAUAAAAAAAAAUCAUUUUUAAAAUAUGAUAUAGAACGGAUCGCAAAAGCUCGUGUAUAAGAACCUUUGUUAAUUCAUUUUUGGAAAAAUCCUCUUUUUAUUUAAAUUUUAUUUAAUUAUAUAUAGGAGAACAAACAAAUAGUUUAUCAUGUAUCACCAAUCACAUAAUAUGACCGACUCCUGUAAUUCCCUUUGUCUGGAUAUGGUGAAAUAUCUUAAUUUAGGUGCAUUAAUUAAUAUUUAAUUAGAAUUGCUGUCUAAAUCAACAAGCAACGUAAGGCUUAAAUUUAAAGAGGUAAAGUUGUCUGGUCAUCUUAAUCGAGGCUUAAUGAUGUUAGCUUUAGCCAAACUAAAAAUAUAUAUUUACCGAUUUAUUUAGUAAUAAUGCCAUAAAAAUUCUCAAUAUGCAUAUAUAUAUAUAUAUGUAUGUAUGUAUGUCUCUGUUUGUAUGUAUAUAUGUAAUUGUAUAUAUAUGGGUAUAUAUAUAUAUAUAAACGUCAGAACGAAUUGUUUGACUUUUGUCAAGACAUGCAUGUAAAAGAUGAUUCUCCAUUCUGCUUGUCCACGACAAAAGCUCAUAUAUGUAAAUUCAGAGUGUCGUCUUAUGGAAAGUAAAAGCAGAAUUAAAAAAGUCAUCAAGCACUAAUUAAGUUGAUCCAUCUUUUGGAAUACAUUAUCAAAAUCAAAAUACAUAAUGUAAAAUAAAAUAAAUAUUUUUUAAACUAAAGUGAAAUAGUGAUUGGAUCAGCAAAAUGAAAAACUAACCUUUAAAGUGGUUUUUAUUUUUGUGAUGAAUACGAUGCGAGAACUCUCGACUAAAAGGGGUAUUAUCCAAAAUAUCCUCCUUUUGCUAAAUCUACUUCUGCACGUACCUUCUUUCAAAUGUGACCAUAUGACCAAAUUAAUUGUAUGGUCACAUGAUAGUCACAUUUGUCACAACGUUAAAUUUUUUAUAAUUUCACCAAAUGAUUAAUGUGAUACGUAAGGUGUGAUUAUGAUGAUUUAGUGUGAUCACCAUAAAUUUAACGUUAUAACUAAUGUGACCAUCAUGUGACCAUACAGUUAUUUUGGUCACAUGGUCACAUAUGGAUAAGGGUAUGUGCAGAAGUAGGUUUAGCAAAAAAAGGGUAUUUUGGAUAUUUUGUCCGACCAAGAUGAACAAUUUGCCCUAAAAAUUAUUUAACAAAUUAUGGUUUCUACUAACCUCUCAAUUAUAACAUAAAUUAUUCUUUUGAUAAGCAGCUAUAGAAUAUUCGAAGAAGCAAUUCUCGAAUUUUCUCCAUGUUUGAAAGAUUUUGUGGUUCAAGAAACUACAAAUUAAAAAGAAAAACAAAAGAAAGUAUUGAAAUAUAAAUUACCGCCAAAAUCCGGGUACGAGGUUAGCAUGCCAACGAGAAAAGGGUGUAUUGAAGAUCAUCUCAUCCCCCCUCGCGUUAAUCAAAUUUGAUAGAUAUCAUGUGUUAUUUUUCAAUUGGCCUGGUUCUAUUAUCUAAUUAUGGUGACGUGACUUAUUUAGAUCUUUCUAAUGAUAUCGAUGGGACCAUAUAAUUUACAUUUGAAGAUUUAAAAAUUUUAAACAAAAUUAAUUAUAAAGGACCAAAAUAAAUGGCCAAAUAAACGUGAGGAAAAUAUAGAACAAAAAAGUUUUGUUUAAAUAUUAAGAAAAAACUUUGGUGGUUUAUCUUAGUGUUGUUUUAUUGUAAUUCGGAUUAAAGAUGACCCAGUUGGAAAAAAAUGUAGUUGUUCUAAACCCAAAUCAACUUUGUUAUUUUGUUUUCAAAUUAUCGAUUCCAUAAAUAAAAUCGAAACGAUCCGUUCCAUAAAAAAUAUGAUUUAACGAUGAUAAACAUUUUUGUUAAUUCGCACGUGAGAAAUAUGAUUUGAGAAAUUAAAUUAAGAUUCUAAAUAUGGCGUUUAACUGAAGCUUUAACGGAAACCAAACAAACGUGUAUUCGCACAGAUUUGGAGACACGAAGCACUUGAUUCUCCGUGUCCCUUCAUGUUCUUCCCGCUCAACCACUUCUCUCCACUUUUUGUUUGGUCUUGUUCAGAUGCACUCUUACCAUAAAUCAUAUUCCUAUAAAAAUAAACGUGAAUCACGUGGUUCAAAUAGCAAUGAUUUGUAUUUAUAUAUAUAUAUAUACACACAUACACACGAAUAUAAACAAAUAGAAAUUAGUUCUUAUUAUAGUACAGCAUUCCACGCACGUUUUCAAACUAUAUUUUAGAAAUCUUGAUCCUAUUUAGUAUUUUUUUUUUAUAAUUCAGAAGUUUACUGGAACUUUAGCCCAACUACAUCUCUCAGAAUAUCGAGAGAUCCAGGUGAAUGCCCCUCUUAUUUAGUAUUUGGAAAUUAAUUUGAGAUUAAAAUAACGAACAUGCAUGAGUGAUCGAAGUUGAUUAAGUUUCUCGCUUCAUGUUAUAAAAGAUGGAAAACAAGGUUAUAAAAAUCGGAUUCAGUUCCAUUUAUUUUGAUUCGGAUGCAUAUUUGUUUAUAUUGGCAGCCCUUUAAUAAAAAACAACUUUUUUUUGCACGAUAUCACUCCUUUAUAUAGUAUAAUAUUAUAUUUAACCUGUAUAUAUGUGUGUGUAUAUAUAUAUACAGAUUUGGCGAUACACAAUGAGACAAAAUGGCAAAGGCUGGCCUUGCCUAGAGAAAAGCAACUUCCGUUGCAUGCUUAUCUCCCAACAUAAUUUAUAAUUUUAAUCACACAGUAAUUUAGCCUUUUUUUACAGAAAAAUAAUAUUAAAUUGUCAAAAUUAUUUAACCAGAAAGCCUUUUAGAGCGGUGGUAGUCAUCGUUAACGUCCUUUCCAAAUCAUCUCAUUGAUUGUUGAAGCACGAAUAAUUAUUACUAACAAUUACAUUGAUUACAUUACUUAUACAAUUUAUUACACAUGGAUUAUGAUGCAUUCCUUUCCAUUUUUUUUCUUAGUUAUCUUAUCCAAACUUGCAAAUGUAAGAGUAAGUUAUUAAAAUAGCCAUCCGGGAUCUGGUGUAAUAACCCCACCGAAAAAAUAGCUAUCCUUUUAUUUUAUUUUAGUGAUACUUAAAUAGUAAUAACCCCACCGAAAAAGCUAGUUUAUAAUAAUUUAUUUUUUUUGAUAAAUGUAUAGUUUAUAUUAAAUUGUUAAACCACAUGAGAAAAACAAAAAGCAAAAGCUUCUUCGUCACUAGCACUUUGGGUGCUCAAUGGAAAUUCAAAGCAAUACAACCAUCACUCUCCUCUUCCUCUACUUAUAUAGAUCAUGAAACCCUCUCUCUCUUCUCAUUGAAUCUAAGAGCAAAACUCUCAAGAAAAAGAGAAAAAAAAAAAGAUGGGUUCCUUACAGAAAACCGAUUCGGAGACUCCUAAACCAAAAAAGGGUAUAUCUUUAAUAUUUCGAUUCGCGGACCGGGUCGAUAUCGUUCUGAUGUUUCUUGGGACCAUUGGAGCUAUUGGAGAUGGAAUGUCUACGAAUGUUUUGCUAGUGUUUGCAAGCAGGAUUAUGAACAGCUUGGGCUACGGUCAGCACAAUCCGCACGAGAUUAAUUUCAUGAAUGAGGUUGAAAAGUGCAGUUUAUACUUUGUAUACUUGGGAUUGGCGGUCUUGGCGGUGGCAUUUAUGGAAGGGUACUGUUGGAGCAAGACGAGCGAGAGGCAAGUGAUGAAGAUUCGCCGGACAUAUCUGGAAGCUGUUCUAAGACAGGAAGUCUCUUUCUUUGAUUCACAAGAAGCUUCCAUUUCAGAGAUCAUCAGCAGUAUCUCCAACGACACCUCUCUUAUCCAACAAGUCCUUAGCGAGAAGGUGCCGACAUUUUGUAUGCACGCGUCCGUAUUCUUCACCGGACUCGCCUUUUCGGCUUACUUCUCAUGGAGAUUGACCCUCGUCGCGAUCCCAUCUCUACUUCUCCUGAUCAUUCCGGGGAUGACCUACGGCAAAUACCUUGUCUACUUAUCCAAGAAAUCGUUCAAGGAGUAUGCGAAAGCGAACUCGGUCGUGGAACAAGCUCUGAGCUCGAUCAAGACAAUCUAUUCCUUCACGGCCGAGAAAAGGGUCAUCAAGAAUUACUCAGAUAUGCUGGAGAAAACAACGAAGCUCGGGAUUAAACAGGGUCAGGCCAAAGGUCUGGCCGUGGGAAGUACCGGUCUUUCUUUCGCCAUCUGGGCUUUUCUUGCGUGGUACGGUAGCAGAUUGGUUAUGUACCAUGAAGCAAGCGGCGGACGUGUUUACGCAGCCGGGAUUUCCUUCGUCUUGAGCGGACUGUCUUUGGGCAUGACAUUACCAGAAGUGAAGUACUUUACAGAGGCCUCAGUGGCGGUGGCUCGAAUAUUCGAAAGGAUCGACAGAAAACCGGAGAUAGACGGGGAAGAUACGACGAAAGGAUUCAUAAUAAACAAGAACAUGAAAGGAGUCAUAGAAUUUGAGCACGUGACGUUUUGGUACCCUUCUCGUCCGGAUUCCAUAAUUCUAAAGGACUUCUCUCUCAGAAUCGAAGCCGGGAAGACCGUUGCACUUGUCGGGGCGAGCGGGAGUGGGAAAUCUACCGCGGUAGCUUUGGUACAACGAUUCUACGACCCGAUCCAAGGGUCUGUAAGGAUCGACGGGUUCGAUAUAAAAACUCUCCAGCUGAAAUGGAUGAGGCAUCAGAUGGCGCUUGUUAGUCAAGAACAUGCAUUGUUUGGGACUUCCAUAAGGGAGAACAUAACGUUUGGGAAACAUGAUGCUACAAUGGAUGAAGUGAUUUCAGCUGCAAAAGCUGCGAAUGCCCAUGGAUUCAUUACACAACUUCCUGAAGGGUAUGAAACCAAGAUAGGCGAGCGAGGGGCGUUUUUGUCGGGAGGGCAGAAGCAACGGAUUGCGAUAGCUCGGGCGAUUAUACGGAAUCCGGUGAUUUUACUUCUGGAUGAAGCGACGAGUGCUCUGGACGGCGAAUCCGAAACACUGGUUCAAAAUGCUCUUGAUCAGGCCUCCAUGGGAAGAACCACACUGGUUAUUGCCCACAAGCUUUCCACGGUCCAUGGUGCCGACCACAUUGCCGUGCUGGAGGAUGGUUCCAUUUUGGAGAUGGGUAAUCACGAGGAGUUGAUGAUUCAGAACGGGAAAUACGCAAAACUUGCGAGAUUUCAGAGACAGUUCAGUGUUUGUGAGCAUCAAGAUAUGGCCAGAACCCCUGCGAGGAACAGUUUUAGCAGGCUAAGUGUAAGAUCUAGCCCAGGUUGGUUUGAUUCUCCUUUGAUCCCGUUGGAGAGUACAAAUGUAGAAAUCCUGGCCUCGCCAUCCCUUCACCGCCCUUCUCCUUCCUUCUCUCGUCUUCUCCCGUUGAUUUCGCCCGACUGGAAACCCGCCAUUACCGGUUGCCUUUCAGCUGCAACUUUCGGCGCAGUCCAACCCGUUUAUGCGUUGACCAUUGGCGGUAUGAUUUCAGCGUUUUUUGCGAAGAAUCCUCAAGAAAUGCAGGAUCGAAUACGUACCUAUUGCUUGAUAUUCUCUUCCCUAACCGUGGUCUCGAUUGUCCUAAACCUCCUCCAACACUAUAGCUUUGCAAAAGUCGGCGAGAGAUUAACGCAAAGACUCCGCCUAAGAAUGCUGGAGAAGAUCUUAUCUUUCGAGCCUGCCUGGUUCGAUUCGGAAGAGAACUCUAGUGGCGCAUUGUGCUCGAGGCUGAGCGGAGAAGCUUCUUCGGUUAAGUCCUUAUUGUCUGACAGAGUCUCUCUACUCGUCCAGACGAUUUCUGGCGUCACAAUAGCGAUGAUCAUAGGAUUGAUCGUUGCUUGGAAGCUCGCGUUGGUCAUGAUCGCGGUCCAACCGAUCACGAUCCUUUGCUUCUACACAAAGAAAGUAUUGCUCUCCAACAUUUCGCACAAUUUCACAAGCGCGCAAAACCGAAGCUCCCAAAUCGCGUCGGAAGCCAUAUACAACCACAAGAUAGUCACGUCUUUCGGAUCCACGAGGAAGAUUGUCCAGAUUUUCGACAAGGCUCAAGAAGAGGCGAAGAGAAAAGGAGAGAAGGCAACUUGGCUCGCGGGAAUCGGGAUGGGAUCGGCUCAGUGCCUGACGUUUAUGACGUGGGCUUUGGAUUUUUGGUACGGAGGAGUGUUGGUCCAGAAGGGUCAUAUCUCGGCCGGGGACGUUUUCAAGACGUUCUUCGUUUUGGUCAGCACGGGAAAGGUUAUAGCCGAGGCAGGAAGCAUGACUUCCGACCUCGCCAAGGGCUCUGCAGCCGUCGCCUCCGUCUUCCAGAUCCUGGACCGUCCUUCCUCUCAAGUGAAGGAAGAUGAAAACAGUGGAACAAAGUUAGAAACAAUAACAGGAAGAAUAGAAUUCAAACAAGUCGAUUUCUCGUACCCUACACGGCCGCAAAUCCCAGUCCUACGCCAGUUCUCGUUGGACGUAAAACCCGGGACGAGCAUGGGACUGGUCGGGAAAUCGGGAUGCGGGAAAUCGACGGUGAUCGGAUUGAUCCAACGGUUCUACGACGCGGAGAAAGGAUCGGUGAGGAUCGACGGCGUGGAUUUGAGAGAAAUGAAUGUUCAUUGGUAUAGGAAACACACAGCAGUCGUAAGCCAAGAGCCGGUGGUAUAUUCCGGCAGUAUCCGAGAGAAUAUUCUCCUCGGACGGCCCGAAGCAUCUGAGGAUGAGGUGGCGGAGGCCGCCAAAGCCGCCAAUGCUCAUAAAUUCAUCUCGGAAUUGAAGAAAGGGUAUGACACAGAGUGUGGAGAACGAGGAGUCCAGCUAUCGGGAGGGCAAAAGCAGAGAGUCGCAAUCGCGAGAGCCGUUCUCCGUGACCCGAAAAUCCUUCUUCUCGACGAGGCCACGAGCGCUUUAGACGUGGAAUCUGAACGGGCGGUCCAAGAAGCAUUGGACCGGAUCAUGGCCCGACGGUCCAUCACGGUCGUGGCAGUGGCUCACCGCCUGAACACCCUCAAAAACCUCGACCGUAUUGCGGUCGUGGCCGACGGGAAAGUGGUCGAGACCGGGAGUUACGCUAGGCUCAAGAAUACGGGCGGCGAGUUCUCGAGACUCGUUCAUGCCCAAGAAGUUAAAUCUUGAAAAAAAUUGUAUACGGAUCAUUGUCUAGUUAAUUUUGCGUGCAAGAAUGUAUAUUGGAAUCCGUUGUUAAAUCGGAUUUGGAUCGUUGCUAUAAUGCUAUUACUAUGUAUAUGUAACAUAAUUAAAUAUAUUAUAUUUGAAUUUAAG